GCAUAGCACUGUCCAACAAUUAGAAAUAUCCAAAUUCAACCAUCACAUAUAGCAAGGCUUUAGUGGAAGACUUGCAUAGUAGUAAGUAACUUAUAGAGUUAAGAGAGUGCAAGCUAAGAAGGAAGAAAGGAACGAAUGGCAACCUCCAUGAUUUCCUCCACCGCCGUGACCACCGUUAGCCGUGCCUCUCCGGCACAGGCUAACAUGGUGGCUCCAUUCACCGGCCUCAAGUCCCUUGCUGGCUUCCCAGUUACCAGGAAGGCCAACAAUGACAUCACCUCCGUCGCCAACAACGGUGGAAGAGUGCAAUGCAUGCAGGUGUGGCCACCAGUUGGCAAGAAGAAGUUCGAGACUCUCUCAUACCUGCCAGAUCUCACAGACGAACAAUUGAGAAAGGAAGUAGAUUACCUUCUCAGGAAGGGAUGGGUUCCCUGCUUGGAAUUCGAAUUGGAGCAUGGCUUUGUCUACCGUGAGAAUCACAGAUCACCCGGAUACUAUGACGGACGCUACUGGACCAUGUGGAAGCUGCCUAUGUUCGGCUGCACCGACUCCGGUCAGGUCAUCAAGGAGCUUCAGGAGGCCAAGGCAGCCUACCCAUCUGCCUUCAUCCGUAUCAUCGGAUUCGACAACGUUCGCCAAGUGCAGUGCAUCAGUUUCAUUGCCUACAAGCCCCCGGGCUAUUAAAUUUGAUAUUUACAACUUAAAUUUGGGAUCUGGGUUUGUUUCAAUUUUACUUAGAACAUUAUAAGAACCUAUAUAUUUCCCACUUAGUGUCCUGCAUUUUCUCUUUGAGAAAUGUCAUGCUGUGUUUUUAAUCUGUGUUCUUGGAUCUUCAAAUGAUGGUGAAUGGAUAUGAUAUGAGAACUAAUAAUGAAUAAGUGCUUACUUUA